GCCCUGGCUGCCAGUUUCUCGGUUUUCAAUGCGGCGGCUUGACAUCUGCGUUCUGCCCGCCGAGCCGCGACGUUGGUGAGUGAGCAUGACGGCCAGCAGCCGCUCGGCCGCCGCGGAGCCGCCGGGCCUGGAGACCCAGCGGCGGGAGGUCGAGUCUCUGCUGCGGGACUGCGAGCUGCGAGCUGGCGACAGUUGGUACGUGGUGGAGCGUCGCUGGUACGAGCAGUGGAAGGAGUUUGUGGAAACCGGAGACCAGAACUCGUCCUCGUUCCCCGGACAGAUCGACAACACCGAGCUGUUCGAGGAUCUGGACUCGUACCACCUGAAGGAGCGCCUGGUGGAGAACGAGGACUUUGUGUUGGUGCCGGCAGAGGCCUGGCACAAGCUGCUGGCCUGGUACGGCAUGGUGGACGGCCAGCCGGCACUGGAGCGCAAGGUGGUGGACCUGCCCAGCACUCUGAAGGUGGAGGUUUACCCCGUCGAGAUCUUCCUCUGUCUCCAUAGCAACAUGGACAACGCCAUCACCGCACAGUUCAGCCGUGCCGACCGCAUACACUCCAUCCAGCGGGUGAUGUGCCGGGCGUUCUCGGUGCCGCAGGGCUCGGAGUGCCGCCUGUGGAUGAAGAGUUCGGACAGCAGCUGCGAGCGGCUCAGGAACGUGCACGUGAGCGUGCUCGACGCCUGCCUGAGCACGGGCAUGACGGUGAUCAUGGAGAUGAGGAAUGCUGAUGGCACCUGGCCGAGCUCCAGACCACAGAUCAUGAGGAACUCUGUGGAGGAGCAGGACUCGUACCGAGGCCAGCCGGGCGUCUGCGGCCUCACCAACCUGGGCAACACGUGCUUCAUGAACUCUGCCCUGCAGUGUCUCAGUAACACUCCUCCUCUGACGGAGUACUUCCUGCGGAGCUCCUACCUGGAGGAGCUGAACUUCACCAACCCGCUGGGCAUGAAGGGCGAGAUCGCCGAGGCGUACGCCGACGUCAUCAAGCAGAUGUGGUCGGGCCGACACUACUCUGUGGUGCCGCGCAUCUUCAAGACCAAGGUGGGUCACUUUGCGUCUCAGUUCCUGGGCUACCAGCAGCACGACAGCCAGGAGCUGCUGUCCUUCCUGCUGGACGGUCUGCACGAAGACCUGAACCGAGUCAAGAACAAAGAGUACAUCGAGCUGCGGGACGCCGACGGGCGGCCCGACCAGGAAGUGGCGGAGGAGGCGUGGCGUAACCACCGGCGGCGUAACGACUCGGUGAUCGUCGACACGUUCCACGGCCUCUUCAAGUCCACGCUCGUCUGCCCCGAGUGCCGCAAGGUGUCGGUGACCUUCGACCCCUUCUGCUACCUGAGCGUCCCCCUUCCUGUCAGCAAGGACCGAGUCAUGGAGGUCUUCUUCGUGUCGCUGGACCCCAACGCCAAGCCGGUGCAGCAUCGAGUCGUCGUUCCUAAAGCAGGGAAGGUGUCCGACCUCUGCGCCGCUCUGUCCGAGAUGACCAGCAUACCUGCCAGCCAGAUGGUGGUAGCCGAUGUGUUUAACCAUCGUUUCUAUAAGAUCUACAACGCUGAUGAAUCUCUGAGCUGCAUCCUGGACAGAGACGACAUCUUCGUCUACGAGCUGAGCGUGCUCGGGGAGGAGGAGCAGGAGGAGGAGGUGCUGCUGGCCCUCUACCUGCGGGAGCGCUCGCACUACAGGGACUACGGCUCGGGGAGCAACUCGUACGGGACGUCGCUGUUCGGACACCCGCUGCUGCUCAACCUGCCGAGGAGGAGCUGCACCCGCGAGGCGCUCUACACCCUGUUCCUGCAGAGGCUGGCGCGAUACGUACAACCUCCUGACCCAUCUGAGGAGGUGGAGGAAGAGGAGGAGGAGGAGGAAGAGGGGGAGGCGGCGGCGGCGGCAGCGGCGUGCAAGACUCAGACCAACGGCAUCAGCGACGGUAACGUGCCGUCACACGACGAGGAGCAGGAGGACGGGGAGCGAGCCGGCCCCUCCCACACAGACGACUCGCACGGCGACGGCCGACCGGACGGCGGCGCCGCGGCCGAGCCCCGCCCCAACCUCAACCACACCCAGCCCUCGCCGGAGCGCGGCGAGGAGGCGGCCAGCAGCACGUCUGAGGGUGAAGCCGAGCCCUCCUCCCUCUGCGGCGCCAACGCCGUCGCCAACGCUGCCGCCAAUGCCGCCCACAGCGCUAACAGCACCAACGCCUGCGGGAGUGCGAGCGCGAGUGCGAGCGGGAGCGCCAACGCCGAUCACGGCGCACCGUCGCCGCCCGAGCGACCGCCGAGGCCCGGCGAAGCCACGGAGGAGGAAGAGGAGGAGCAGAAGGAGGAGGCGGCGGCGUGCUCGCCCGGCAGCCUGGAGGGCGCCGAGCAGCCGGCCAAGAGGAAGACGUGUCGCAAGAAGAGGAAGUGCCUGUUCACCAUCCAGGCCGUCAACUCCAACGGGACGACCGAGAGAGGGAUGGGAGAGGGAGGCAGCGCCGUGUCCUUCAGCUCUCAGCCCUAUGUGGCCAUCGACUGGGAUCCUGACAUGAAAAAGAGGUUCUACAAUGAAAACGAGGCAGAGAAAUACGUGAAGCAUGGCAGCAUGGAGGUUCCUCAGCAGCAGACCACAGUGCAGCUGCAGGAGUGCAUCGAGCUCUUCACCACUGUGGAAACACUGGAGGAGGAGAACCCAUGGUACUGCCCUGUGUGUAAGAAGCACCAGCUGGCCACCAAGAAGCUGGACCUGUGGUCUCUGCCUGAAGUCCUCAUCAUCCACCUCAAGAGGUUUUCCUACACCAAGUUCUCCAGGGAGAAGCUGGACAGCAUCGUGGACUUCCCACUCAGAGACCUGGACUUCUCCGGCUGCCUCCUGAGGAAGAAUCUGACCAAUGGGGAGCCUCCGAGCCGGUAUGACCUCAUCGCUGUGUCCAAUCACUACGGAGGACUCAGAGACGGACAUUACACCAGCUAUGCGCGGAACAAGGAUAAUGGUCAGUGGUAUUACUUUGACGACAGCAAAGUGACCUACGCAAGAGAAGAACAGAUUGUGACCAACGCUGCCUAUCUGCUGUUCUACCACCGGCAAGACAAGAUCAGAAAACCCACUCUGCCCGCCCCCUCCGCAAGCCCCGCCCCCUCGGCCCAGCCCGCCAACGACAUCACUUCCUGUAGCAACGACGACGCCGAGCCGGGCGCCGCUUCCUGUGUCACCAUGGAAACAGACUGAACGAAUCAGCAAAUGUUUAGUUUUGAUUUGAUUUGAGAUUUUUUUUUUUUUUUUUUUUUUUUUAACACCCCGCCCCCCCUCCAGUGUCGCUUGAUUUUUAAUUUGCUUUUCCUUUGUUAAAAGAACGGGCCUUUUUUUCUUUUGUUUUGUUUUGUUUGUUUUGUUUUUCACUCGUUUUUAUGCCACUGUGUUCUUUCUUUCUUUCUUUCUUUACUUUUCUUUUCUUUUCCGACAACACUUGAACAGCUCUGCCUGUGGGCGGGAGCCUCGCCGCCGCUCUCCGACUCCUCCACCCUUUUAAAACAGAAAAAACUUAACAUUCCUGCAUUUAAAGAUUAUCAUCAUCAUUACUUCAGAUCUUCUCUCCUCCCUUUUCCUCUCAGCUGUGAGCGCCCCCUACCUGCUGCUCGCUCACCGGGCUUUGAACGAUUCGGCUUUUUGAAGGCUGACAUUCUGGAGGUUUAAUUUUCACGCCAAAAGAAUUUACAUGUCCAGUGACGUGACGUGAUGAGAAGCUUCAGGAGCAGAACUUCAGGAGAACGUGGGACACUGAAUGCCGGCAUCGGUCAAACCCCGGUGGAAAUGAGAGGACAGCGAGGAGGAGGAGGAGGAGGAAGAGGGAGGAGCGACCGGCUGGUGAGUUCUCUGUUAGACCAGCCAUCACCUGAACGUCCCGUCAUGCCCUGAAAAUCCCAUCGGCCAGAGAGUUUUGGGCCAGUUCGGUAGAUCUUUAGAACCGCCUCUUUUUCCUCUGAAUCGAGAACUUUGGCGCUCCGAGACGCCGGCUCCCAACGACAACGAGAUCAGGCGACGCCGAAGCUUCCUCACAGACGUCGCCUCCAACCCACGGAUCCAGAAACGGAGUCACUUCACCUCGUUUCCCUUCCUUCGUCGUCCGGUGAAGACGAGGACGCGACUACAGCCGAACCUUUGAGGCAGCGUCGCUCGGCAUCAGCCAAUCACGACCCAGCCGUCGCAUUAUGUCCCGCCCACCCAGACGGUGCGGCAGGCCGGAGCGGCGAGGACACGGGCAACACGCCGAGGCAGCAGAAACAGUCAGCGAUUAUUCCCUUAGUUUUUUUCCUUAAAGUCUAGAAUCUUCUGUGAUGCGUAAACCACCGUCCCUGAUGAAUAUUUUUCAGUUUUUAACAGCUGGAGGUUUGAAAGUUUUUAACGUCAUCUUUGUCCUUCGGUGUGAACGGAGUCUUUCGUUUUCUCGCUCCGCUCCCUUUUCCUCAAGUAACAGAAUGAGGAACGCAGCCGUCUGUCUCGAAAAACAGAUCCAGAAAUGCCGACGAUAAAGGAUUCUUGUCGUGCGUUUUGCUGAUUUCUGUCGCCUCAGAACGUCGCCCGUGUUCCUCGUGUCUCUGUGGAGAACGUCCGAGCGCCGGGGGAACUGCUGGGAUCGGUCGAAUUGAUUUCAGUGAACGGGUUCCCGGUGUGUGGACUGAUUUUUUGGGGGAAGAAGAUGACGAUGAGGAAGAUUCACAGACCAAAAAGCCCAUCCUGUUGUUGUUGUUGUUGGUGAUGCCAAAUGGACCUCUAAUGCUGCAUUCGAGGCGUCCUGGGAAUGGCGAGAAGUCCCACGUACCAUGCUCUCGAACGCCCCUCCCAAUGGGACGUCCCACCUGGGGAACUCGUGUCUGAUCUCUGAACCUCCACCACAACAAGCCCUCUGACGGGGGAAAACUCAAAACAAGCACAUAGGUAUUUUAUAAUGUAAGGUUUUAUCUGAUUCUUCGUCUGUGCUAUUUCAUUUUCAGCACCAACUUUUUUAUAUCGGUCCAAAAAAUGUGGGGUAAAAUUUCGGGCGAUCGCGAGUAAUGAACACCUUCUUUUUUUUGCUCACGAUUCUUUGAUUUUUAGCUUCAGCAGCAGACAUCAGCAGCCUCGUUUGUUUUCCUGUUUUCCAAAGAGGAAGUCUCGAACGCGCCCCGGUGGGAACUGGGAGGUUUAAAUUCCCAGGCGAUUCCCAGGAUUUCUCGAAUGCAGCAUUGGUUUGAGACCCAGGCGCCGGUAUCGCUCGGCCUGGUGUCAGCAGACGUCAGGUGGAAGGUCGAAGUUCGGCUGAAGCCUGGAGUCCACAGGUGGGACGAGCUCGGACCAAGAGGAGUUCCUUCCCCGGCGGACGGAAACUCUGAAGGAACGUCUUCGUCUUCUGAUCCAGUCGCUCCCUGACGGACCGACCGAUCCAGCGUCUUCAUCACUCGUUUGAUACGAUGAAGAUAAGACGUCCUUCCUUUAGUGGCUCUGUGAUUGGCUCAGACAGCAGGUUGAGGUGCGUUCAGGUUCAGGUAGGAAGUUUCCGGUUCCUCUGUUCAGUCACAGGAUCUGGAUCUUCUCAGAGGAAAGUAAAAAAACACAAAAAAAAAAAAAAAACGUGCCAGCAUGUUGAGGUGCCACUCGUCCGAUGCACCUUUUUGGGUUUCGAGGACUUUCCUGAAACAAAAGACAGGAUGUUGAAAUGCGGUGGAUAACUUUAUUUCAAAGUAAAAGCCUCUGGAUCUCAGUCUGGAGGAUCUGCAUGAGAAACAAGUGAAACUCUCUCACCGCGCUGGCGCUUCCUGUCCAAGGCCAAAUGUCUUCUCCACGUUUAGCUGCUGUGAGGAUGAAACGGGUUCCCCGCCGCCGAGCGAGCGCUCUUCACCCGACGCCAAGAUGAACGUCACACACCCGGACGAGAAGGAUGAAGAGCGAAGCCGCGGUUACACGCUGUUGGUGUCGGCGAGGUCGAAUUUAAAUCCUAGUUUUUGUCGGCUUGACGAGUCGAAAUCCGUCAGGCGUCCGACACCGGUCUGAAAUAUGAAAAUUCAGUUUGGUCUUCAAAAAGAAAAAAAAAAAACACUUGGAAAGUUGAGAAUCCUGUCGCGCCGUCUCAGUUUGUGCAUUUUUAAGCCGCUUCACCUUCAGUUUCCCCACAGAACCUGAACACACCGAUGACUUCACCUCUGAGGGGGUUUUCAGUUUCAUUUCAAAAUAAGAGACCUUUUUUUUUUUUUUUUUUUUUAAACUUUCCUGACAGAAAUUAUUUAUGGCAGGAAAUUAACAGAAAAACACAUUAUCAGCAUUGUUCUAUCAAAAGAAAUUAUUUUAAUUACAAAGAUCAGACAGUUGGAAUCACAAGUGUUUCACUUUUUUUUUUUUUUUUUCUUUUUUUUGGUAAUUUUUAGCAGUGAACAUCAGACCUGUUUUCCCCUCCACAUGUGCAAAAAUCUCACUCAAGUCUGGAGAAAAUGUUUAGGAACCAGGGACCAGCCGGAGGGGAUUCUGGGUAAUUUGAGUGUUUAUGAUAGAGAAAGAGAAAAAAAAAAAAAAAAAACACAAAAAAAGAUUUGAUGGUGAACAAAGCAGCCAGGGAUGG